AUGUUAUCUAUGAAGUUAGUGUCAAAUACUAGUGUACUGAUUUAACGUUCUGCAAGAUUUAACUUACGUUGGGAGUAAAUUUUUAUUUGGAAAAUGAUUUUUGCUAUAAGUAGAGUCGGCUGUAUAUUUUUUCGUGCUAACACGAGAUCUAAAAAUAAUUACAAAAAUGUGAAAUUGUCAAGAAUAUGCACAGUAAAUUUUUCCACAAAAGCUAACAUCACUCAGCUGGAGGAAGAGGUACCAAAGUUAAGAUCACCGGUAGGAGAUGGAAAGGUAUUCAAAAGUGUGGACGAAGCUAUAUCGGACAUGCCAGAUGGGGCUAAGCUUCUGGUUGGUGGAUUUGGACUUUGUGGAAUUCCUGAAAACUUAAUUGCAGCAGUGUUGAAACGAGGUACCAAAGAUUUAACUGUUGUUUCAAAUAAUGCAGGAGUCGAAGACUUUGGAUUAGGUAUACUUUUAAAAGAAUGUAGGAUUAAGAGAAUGAUUGCUUCCUAUGUUGGUGAAAACCAUGAAUUUGAGAAACAGUACCUCAGUGGUAAAUUGGAAGUUGAAUUAACUCCACAGGGUACACUGGCAGAACGUAUUCGAGCAGGAGGAGCUGGUAUUCCAGCCUUCUACACUCCCACAGCAUGUGGAACGAUAAUUGAAGAAGGUAACGUCAUUGUGAAAUAUGAUGAAAAUGGGAAUGCAGAAAUAUCUGGAGAGCCAAGGGAUGUAGCACAGUUCAAUGGAAAAAACUAUGUCUUGGAAACUGCUAUCACAGGAGAUUUUGCUCUUAUAAAGGCUUGGAAAGCAGACAAAGCUGGAAAUUUAGUUUUUCGAAAAACAGCCAGGAAUUUCAACCCAGUGAUGUGUAAAGCAGCUAAAAUUGCUAUUGCGGAAGUAGAAGAAAUUGUAGAAACUGGUCAAUUGGACCCCGAUCACGUUCAUUUACCUGGAAUUUUUGUGGACAGGAUCGUCAAAGGCCCAUCAUACGAGAAACGCGUGGAAAAACGAUAUACGAAGCAAAAUAUGAAACCCAAAAAAGUAACACCAGCAAGUAAAGCAAGAGAUAGAAUUAUCAGACGAGCUGCGCUCGAAUUCAAAGACGGCAUGUAUGCUAAUCUGGGAAUUGGAAUACCCAUGCUGGCUUGCAAUUACAUUCCCAAAAAUAUAAAAGUAACAUUGCAAUCUGAGAAUGGUAUUCUUGGCAUGGGUCCAUUCCCAGACGAAUCAGAACUUGAUCCAGACUUAAUAAACGCUGGGAAAGAAACAGUUACAGUCGUUCCAGGAGCCUCUUUCUUCAGCAGCGACGAAAGUUUCGCAAUGAUUCGAGGGGGUCACGUCAAUUUGACGAUGCUCGGUGGAAUGCAGGUAUCAGAGAAUGGAGAUCUGGCUAACUGGAUGAUUCCAGGAACUAUGGUGAAAGGAAUGGGAGGUGCAAUGGAUUUGGUUUCUGCAGAAAGCACAAAAGUGGUGGUUACUAUGGAACAUAAAGCUAGAGAUGGAAGUCCAAAGAUUGUGAAAAAUUGCACCUUGCCUGUCACAGGUCAACAAUGUGUAGACUUAAUAAUCACGGAUAUGGCUGUAUUUGAAGUAGUCCAUGGAGAAGGAUUGAAAUUGAUUGAAAUUGCACCAAACAUUGAUGUCAGUGAUAUUAUUAGCUCCACAGGUUGUGAAUUUUCGGUGGCUGACGAUCUUAAAGAAAUGGGACAAGUGGAUUUGGAAGAUUGUCAGUAAAUACAAGUUCCUACACAUUUUUAAUUAUAAAAAAUGAAUAUGAAAAAAGUUUGCUUCGUCUAAAUUCCAA